UGUCGUUCGUGAAGGCGUCCUGGGGUUGAUCUCUCUCUCUCUUGCGGGCGAAUUACGACUCAACCUUAUUUUGACUUUGCCUCUAUGCAAGGGACCAUAGGUAUAGUAACGGCUCUAUACUCGCAAAAACUUCUGCGGGGAGUCUUGACAAAGAAAGUCUUUGAGCCGGACGUCUAUUUUCGCCAUGGUCCCGAGGUUCCGCGCGGAGGCUGCCAUCUCGUGCCAUUCUAUCAACAAGGAUACAUCGCUGAAAACCCGCCUUGCCUUGUCAAUGAUAAUCAUCCCACUUGCACCUUAUGCAACCUUCGUCCUCCCUGUAUUUCGUCCCUGAUCCAUGCCCGCUCAAGGAACAACUGUCUCCGCUCCCCAACCACGACGCAAGCCGCCAGCUCAACUUUUUGCAUUUGGAAGAGAGGCAAACUGUCUUUUGAGAUCAACUUCAUUUCCACCGUUGCCAAGCGUUGGGAAGCCACGGUGCUAGCGAAUCAAAAUGAGACAGCUCCCUCCCUGGCUAUAGGGUCUUGUGCUCGUAUGACGAAAGCAGCAUAUUCAUAAUGACCUCAGACCUUGCUGUCACAUUGAUGCAAUGUAAACUCUGGCUAGAGUGCAGGGUCAUGUCGGCAUUUCAGGUAUCUCGAAGUGGCUAUGGCAUCGCGAUGGAGGUGGAUGUCAUAUGAUGUGUCUGGAUCUUAGCACAGAUCUGAACCACUCAA